CCAUUACAAUUUCCUUUCCCCCAACUCAAUCAUCAAUCAUCUUAAAUCUCUCCUUUUUGUUCUAAUCAUGCCCUCUUUCUCUGCUUUUCUGGCUCUGGCCGCUUUAUUUGCCCUCACGGCGGCGCCGACCUUUUCUGAGGCUUACAAAUUCGUCGUCGGCGGCAAAGACGGCUGGGUCUUCAACCCCUCCGAGCCCUUCAACCACUGGGCCGAGCGUAACAGAUUUCAAGUCAACGAUACUCUCUAUUUCAAGUACCAAAAUGGGACGGAUUCGGUGCUGGUUGUGAGCAAGGACGAUUACUUCUCCUGCAACACAAAAAACCCAAUUGUUUCGUUCCAAGAUGGAGAUUCAAUCUUCAAAUUCGAUCGCUCUGGCCCCUUUUACUUCAUCUCCGGCAACGCCGAUCGCUGCCAGAAGGGCCAAAAGCUCAUUGUUGUGGUCCUCGCUCUCACGCAUAACCACCACCACCGCGCUCCGCCGACCCCGACUGCAGACUCGCCGGACUCUGCCGGGGGAUUCACGGCGCCAGUUCCGGCUCCGGCCAAGAAUUCCGCUUUGGGAGGCGCGGCUAAUGUAUUCAGUUUCGGUGUUAUCAGUGCUGUUCUUUUGAGUUCUUUGGUGGGGCUGUCGCUCUAGUUUGAGUUUGAAUACAUUAAAGUUUUCAUUUUUAGAUAUGGGUUGUUCUCGUGGUUUGGGUUUGGGUCUGCCAUUUUAAUUUGUAUCCAAUUCAAGAAUUCGUUUGAAAAUUUUCUCUGUCUUUUGUCUUUUAUUUUUUUAUUCCAACUUUUGUUAAUCUGAAUGUAUUCAUAUGGUUCAUCCUUUAAUAUCUCU